UGAAAAUAAAAUAAAAGAAAAAACUUGGAAGUUUCUUUUUUGACUUCGUGAAACUCUCCUUUGCUAAGAAACCAAACCCAAAUUAUUCUAAUUAUUAAAUAUUAUUUUUUAUUUAUUUAUUCUCUCUCUAUUUUCGAGCCUUAGAUUUUCAUUUUGUGAUUCUAAAGCUUUCUCUUUUAUUAUCUACGUAAGGGUGUUUGAGUAUUUCCUUUUACGUUUGGAUCUGUGUAUUUUCCGGGAAGAAGGUCCUAACUUUCCUCGAAAAUAUAGUUAAUUUUCCUUCAAAUCCUGUGAAAUCAACGCUCUUGUGGGUUCAACAUGGGGCAACAACAAUCCAAGGACGAGCUGCUCUACCAGCAGGUCAGUUAUGGCAACCCGGAGAACAUCAAAGCCCUUUGCAGAGAAGGUGCAGGCCUCGAGUGGAUUGACAGAGAGGGAAAGACCCCUUUGAUUGUCGCGUGUAUGAACCCGGAGCUUCAUAAUGUUGCAAAAACUUUGAUAGAACUCGGAGCAAAUGUCAAUGCGUAUCGGCCUGGUCGUCAUGCUGGGACUCCUUUACAUCAUGCAGCUAAAAGAGGCCUUGAAACUACUGUGAAAUUACUAUUUAGGCAUGGAGCAAAUGCAUUGGUAAUGAAUGAUGAUUGUCAAACUCCUCUAGAGGUUGCUAGGGCAAAGGGGCACCGCAAUGUUGUCCGUGCUAUUGAGGAUCACAUUUGCUUAUUCUCUGGUUGGCUGCGGGAGUUUUACGGGCCAGGUUUUCUUGAAGUAUUGGCACCUCAAUUAGUCUCGAGAAAAGUUUGGGUUGUUGUUCUUCCAUGUGGUUCACGUAAUCCUACGAAGCCUUUCAAGUUAGAGCUUGCCAUAUACCCUAGUUUGCAGGAUGCCCAACCGCACACAGUUAUUGCAUUAUGGAAAGCCAAUUUGGAAGAACCAAAGCUACACCAGUCUGAUCCUUCGGUGAUAAUACAUGAUACCUCCACCAUCUCAAGAGGCAAGAGGCGGAGGCGAAGUGUUUACACCUCCCGAGAGGCUAGGUGUAGAUCUCGAACACAUGGGCAAACACGCAUUAAGCUUGCACCUGCGAGUGAAAGUGACAAGCAACAACUUCGGUGGUUUUGUGAUGCAUGCAAGGGAAUAACACAGGCAGUGCAUCCUGCAUUUUUGCGUAAUAAUCAGAAUCCAGUUGUUCCAGCCACUGCACCACUUGCUGCUGAAGAUUUAGAAAUGGCUAUGGCUAUCAGUGCCUCAAUUCAUUCUGCUCUUCCGGAAAGGCCACCUCUUCUUGAUGCCCACCCAAGCUCUGUAGCAAGUUCAUCCAUUAGUUGGAAUAACUCUGUGGAUACUAGCAGUCAUGGUGGUUUGGAUGUACCAAUAGCGCCUGCUCCAAAAAUAGCUACUUCUGAGUCGGCAGUGCAUGGAACUGGCCCUGAAGGCAAUUCAAGUCAGCAAACUUGGAACCACAACAGCGUUACUGCAACCCAAACAAAUCACACCCCAAGUUUGAUCCCAUCAGCUCCACCAAUUGGUGAUGAGAUUAUAGAAGAUGGUGUUAUUCACUACCCAUCAAUUGAUUCUACUCCUGUUGACAUCUCAUCUCAAACUAUCAAGGAUAUACGUACUAGAGCAGGUGAAAGGAAAGAGAAUGAAGGUGCAUCAUCAUGCGUGAUAUGUUUGGAUGCUGAAGUUGAGGGGGCAUGCAUUCCCUGUGGCCACAUGGCUGGAUGCAUGUCUUGUUUGAACGAGAUCAAAGCUAAGAAGUGGGGUUGCCCUGUUUGUCGUGCCAAGAUUGACCAGGUUAUAAAGCUGUUUGCAGUUUGACCAUUGAAAGCAGAAUGUGGAGAAUCUCUAAAUGGUCAGUGGGUUUUGGACAUCUUAAAGAAUUUCGUUUGUGUGUGUUUCUAUAAAUGACAGUCCUAAAUAUUUGGGACCCUCACCUGAGGGUUUCUGUAUAUAUUAUUGCCUCGCACUGUGGUGUCUGAAGUGACAGUUUUGAGGCUGUAAAACCUGUUUCCCUUCUAUGGGCCACUUUUUAAACAUUUUGGUAAGCUA